CUGCCUCCCAGCCUCCCAGCCUGGCUGUAACUGCAGUGAGGAAGGAGGCAGCUUCUCUCUCUCUCCCUGCGUCCCUCUGGCCUCCUCAACGGUGACCCAGGCCGGCCGGUGACAUGAGGUUGGCAGGUGUCCUGCUGCCCCUGCUGCUGCAGGCCUGCUGGGUGGCCACACAGGACAACCAGAUAGCUUCGAAGGCCAUCGCCUUCCAAGACUGCCCGGUGGACCUGUUCUUCGUGCUGGACACCUCUGAGAGUGUGGCUUUGCGACUGAAGCCCUAUGGGGCCCUGGUGGACAAGGUCAAGAGCUUCACCAAGCGCUUCAUCGACAACCUGAGAGACAGGUACUACCGCUGCGACCGAAACCUGGUGUGGAACGCAGGUGCACUGCACUACAGCGACGAGGUGGAGAUCAUCCACGGGCUCACACGCAUGCCUGCCGGCCGCGACGAACUCAAGACCAACGUGGAUGCCAUCAAGUACUUCGGCAAGGGCACCUACACAGACUGUGCCAUCAAGAAGGGGCUGGAGGAGCUGCUGGUGGGGGGCUCCCACCUCAAGGAGAACAAGUACCUGAUUGUGGUGACAGAUGGGCACCCCUUGGAGGGCUACAAGGAGCCAUGUGGGGGCCUGGAGGAUGCCGUGAACGAGGCCAAGCACCUGGGCAUCAAGGUCUUCUCUGUGGCCAUCACACCUGAUCACCUAGAGCCACGCCUGAGCAUCAUUGCCACUGACCACACCUACCGGCGCAACUUCACAGCUGCAGACUGGGGGCAGAACCCUGACGCCGAGGAGACCAUCACCCAGACCAUCGAGACCAUCGUGGAUAUGAUUAAAAACAACGUGGAGCAAGUGUGCUGCUCCUUCGAGUGCCAGGCUGCCAGAGGACCUCCAGGGCCCCGGGGCGACCCUGGUUAUGAGGGAGAACGUGGAAAGCCAGGCCUCCCUGGAGAGAAAGGAGAAGCUGGAGACCCCGGACGACCCGGGGACCUUGGACCUGUUGGGUACCAGGGCAUGAAGGGAGAGAAGGGGAGCCGUGGGGAGAAGGGUUCCAGGGGACCCAAGGGCUACAAGGGAGAGAAGGGCAAGCGUGGCAUCGACGGGCUAGACGGCAUGAAGGGAGAGACAGGGUACCCAGGCCUGCCAGGCUGCAAGGGUUCUCCAGGAUUCGACGGAGUCCAAGGACCCCCAGGGCCCAAAGGUGAUGCAGGUGCCUUCGGACUGAAGGGAGCAAAGGGAGAAGCUGGAGCCAUUGGAGAGCCAGGAAGGCCUGGGAGCUCAGGACCAGCAGGAGAUGAGGGUGAGCCUGGAGAUCCUGGUCCCCCAGGAGAAAAAGGCGAGGCUGGCGAUGAGGGGAACGCGGGCCCAGAUGGCCCUCCCGGAGAGAGGGGUGGCCCUGGAGAGAGAGGACCUCGGGGGACCCCAGGUGUGCGGGGGCCAAGAGGAGACCCGGGCGAAGCUGGACCCCAAGGUGACCAGGGACGAGAAGGCCCUGUCGGCAUCCCCGGAGACCCGGGUGAAGCUGGACCCAUCGGACCUAAAGGAUACCGAGGUGACGAGGGCCCCCCAGGGCCCGAGGGUCUCAGAGGAGCCCCAGGACCCGCUGGACCCCCUGGAGACCCCGGACUGAUGGGUGAGAGGGGUGAAGAUGGCCCCCCUGGAAAUGGCACCGAGGGCUUCCCUGGCUUUCCUGGCUAUCCUGGCAGCAGGGGCCCCCCAGGGCUGAACGGCACGAAAGGCUACCCUGGCCUCAAGGGGGACGAAGGCGAACCUGGGGACCCUGGAGAGGACAACAAUGACAUUUCACCCCGUGGGGCCAAAGGGGCAAAAGGCUACCGUGGUCCAGAAGGCCCCCAGGGUACCCCAGGACACGUGGGACCACCUGGACCAGAUGAGUGUGAGAUUUUGGACAUCAUCAUGAAGAUGUGCUCCUGCUGCGAGUGCAAAUGUGGCCCCAUCGACAUCCUCUUCGUGCUGGACAGCUCGGAGAGCAUCGGCCUGCAGAACUUCGAGAUCGCCAAGGAUUUCAUCAUCAAGGUCAUUGACCGGCUAAGCCGGGAUGAGCUGGUCAAGUUUGAGCCUGGCCAGUCGCAUGCAGGCGUGGUGCAGUACAGCCACAACCAGAUGCAGGAGCAUGUGGACCUGCGGAGCCCCAACAUCCGGAAUGCUCAGGACUUCAAGGAGGCCGUCAAGAAGCUGCAGUGGAUGGCAGGCGGCACGUUCACGGGUGAGGCACUGCAGUACACACGUGACCGGCUGCUGCCACCCACCCAGAAUGAUCGCAUCGCCCUGGUCAUCACCGAUGGUCGCUCAGACACCCAGCGGGACACCACACCCCUCAGCGUGCUCUGCGGCCCCAACAUCCAGGUGGUGUCUGUGGGCAUCAGGGAUGUGUUUGGCUUUGUCGCGGGCUCUGACCAGCUCAACGUCAUUUCCUGCCAAGGCCUAUCACCCCAGGGCCGGCCGGGCAUCUCCCUGGUGAAGGAGAACUACGCGGAGCUGCUGGAGGACGCCUUCCUGAAGAACAUCACGGCGCAGAUCUGCAUAGACAAGAAGUGUCCGGACUACACCUGCCCAAUCACAUUUUCUGCCCCGGCUGACAUCACUAUCAUGCUGGAUGGCUCAGCCAGCGUGGGCAGCCACAACUUCGAAGUCACCAAGCGCUUUGCCAAGCGCCUGGCUGAGCGCUUCUUAUCUGCGGGCCGGGAGGACCCCACAGUGGAUGUGCGCGUGGCAGUGGUACAGUACAGCGGCCCUGGCCAGCAGAGGCCCGGGCAGCCGGCCUUGCAGUUCCUGCAGAACUACACAGUGCUGGCCAGCGUGGUGGAUGGCAUGGAUUUCUUCAAUGACGCCACCGAUGUCAACGAUGCCCUGAGCUUCGUGACACGCUUCUACCGGGAGACCUCCUCAGGUGCUGCCAAAAAGCGGGUGCUGCUGUUCUCAGAUGGCAACUCACAGGGCGCCACAGCAGCGGCCAUAGAGAAGGCGGUGCAGGAGGCACAGCGGGCGGGCAUCGAGAUCUUCGUGGUGGUGGUAGGCCGCCAGGUGAACGAGCCUCACAUCCGGGUGCUGGUCACCGGCAAGACAGCCGAGUAUGACGUGGCCUUCGGUGAGCGCCACCUGUUCCGUGUGCCCGACUACCAGGCCCUGCUCCGCGGAGUCUUCUACCAAACGGUCUCCAGGAAGGUGGCGCUGGGCUAGGGUGGCGGCACACGCUGCACCAGGAUAGCCUCCCAACUCUGCCCACCAGGACCAGAUGGACCAUGUGACCUGAGCUUUCCUGAUUAGCUAGACAUUUUUAAAGGCAAGGCUUGCUGUCCACACCGACAUGCAUGCUUCGGGUGACCUCACCCUUGGCUGGCAGAGCUGGUGUCUGGGUCUCCUGCCCUCACAUGGACUCGCCUGCCUCUAAACCACCUCUCAGACCUCGCACUGCUUUCUUUCCACUCCCUGCCACCCCUCCUCAGGACUGGCUUCCUUACCAGUCCUGCCAGAACCUUCCUUGCAGUUCUUGCAGAACUACACAGUGCUGGCCAGCGUGGUGGAUGGCAUGGAUACUAUACUCAGAGCAGACCCUGAGCUAGUUCAGGUGAAAUGCUGCACUGUGUUUCAUUUUUGGAAAACCAAGGUCAAGGUCAAGAGGAUUUUCAAACACAAAGCAUGAGGGAUCAGGUCCUCCCAACAGGGGCUCAUAGUGGCCUAAUGAACCCUGAUCCCAGGCCUCAGACAUCCAUUGCUCUCGACAGGCAGCGGGACACUGGCACUGCAGCUGCUUCUUACACCCCUAUAGCAAAGGUGCUGCCCGCAAGGGCCCCACACUGAUGUGCAGGGCUGGUCUGGACCAGACAGCCAAAGCUUUCUCAGAAACGACUCGAAACUCUCUCUCCUCCAAGUAGCAGCUAGUCUUGUGUUUCAUUGAAGAUUCUUUUUAGAUCUAUUUUAUUUCUACUCCUCCUGUGUUUUUUUUUUAUCAGUCCUGUCCAUGUCAAUGACUUCUGCUAAUAAAAGUUCCCACUUCUU